CGUGGAGAUGAACGAGCGGUCCUCUACCCUCCGCUCAAGUCAGGACGACGACCACGCCGAAAAGGCGAGCAAGAAGGAGGCCAAACCCAAGUCGGCCUACAGCACCGACGACUUCUGGAUUGCCCUGCGCUCCGUCUAUGCCCUGGUCAUGCUCGGUGCUUCAGCGUGGAUCGUGGAUCAGGGGACGAAGCCGACCACGAACUGGAUCGCGCUUCCCUGGGCGGCGUACUGCAUCGUCUGUGUGAGUGCAUGUUCUCAUCUCAUCAUCACCCAACUUACAUGACUGCGCUACCCCCCUGUCCAACAAACACCCAUGCUCAUGUCACGUCACCUCCCACUACCAUAACCAUCACCACC